UUCAAAUUUCAUACAUUUCUUUGAAUUCUCAAAAUUUUGUCACAAAAAAUCUCGACUCAGCAAAAUAUUGAAGAUUUUCUCAAAUAAAUUGUUCAAAAUGGUAGAUGAAUUUAUCGAGGUUAGGGUAAGUGAUCAAUAUACGUUCUAUAGAUGUAACGGUUUUGUUUUUUGAAUGAUUUUAACGUUUGAAAAAUCGAUAUGGAACUUGAAUGAUGGAGCUUGGGCCCACGCCAUUUUUUAAUCAAAAUCGUUCUCAAGAAAGCACUUCAGAGCUUCGAAUGCCAAUGCUUUGUUCUUGAGACUUAAAUUAAGGGAAGAGUUGUAAAUUAACGUUCAAUGUACAAUGUUUAAACUUGAAAUUAAGAAAUUGUUUUACAAUUUAGCAUAUGGUGAAAUCUUUCCGCGUAGCCGAGCUUCAAGAACUCCUUGGCUUCGCAAAUCGUUCAAAGACCGGAAGAAAACAUCAAUUAAUGGGUAGAGCGUUAGACAUGUUGAAAUGUGAACCCGGGCCCAAAGUACGGGCAAAAAUAAGCGAGCUUUACGGGAAUAGAUUUCCGCGUCGAAUGUAUUCGGCACCUUAUAUCCCGAGACAAGCUUUCAGUUCUGGUGUGUAUUCAAGUAUGGGGGAGUCGAGUCGAAGUGCGUCCCUAUUGGCUCCCCAGAGGCCUAGUCAGUCGUCGUCGUCGUCGACAUCGUUGCCCGUCCACCCUGAUGUGAAAUUGAAAUCUUUGCCAUUUUAUGAUUUUAAGGAUGAGCUCGUCAGGCCACACUCGCUGGGUAGGUCAUUUUAGAAUUCUAAGAAAAUUUCAAUACUACUUUACGACCGUCGGAAUUACAGCGCUUGAAAUAACAGCCAAUCAUCCCAUUCAAUUGUAUUGCACCCUACUUUAUUAUUUUCUGUCUAACACCAAAAUAUUCAGCCCUCGAAAAGCGUCAAAAUUGAGGUCGGAAAAAAAGUGCCGACCUAAAUCUGACCCAUUUUCCAUGUCUUGGAGCACUAGUAGUCGUGCGUAUUUACGAAUCAUUGAAAUUGGAAUAUAAAUGUGAACUACAGUGACACGACAGCUUUUCUGUUGGACUACAAAUCAAAUUCUAUAGUCGCUGACAUUUUAGUUUUUGACUGAAUUAAGGUUGGCAAAAAUUUGCUGACCUGGGAGGUUGAUAGGUCGGCAUUUGCCGAAUGCUGACCUCGUUUUGGAGGGCUGGAUUAUUUUAAAUAUUCAUCAAGGGCAGAGAAAUGGCUCUCAAUGGGUGAAAGUUAAACCAACUGUUGAGAAAAUAGAUAUGCUGCCCCUUAAAUGAACCUAUUCAGUGCCAGCACUUUUCCUUAACAAGUAAAAUCAUAUUGUCUGGCUUUAGAAAGAGUAAAUAACAAAAUUGGGUGGAAUGUCACUAAAUAAGGCUAUGUUUGCACUAUACCGGGAUAGCUUUCUAUAGCGGUGCAAAAAAGCACCUAUUUGAUACAACUUUCAGAAGCUGAGCAAAACAACAUCUCUCUAUUGCAAUAUUAGAGAGUUUGCCAUUCACGUUGCGGCUAGAGAAGACGUGUUCGAAAUGUUUGGUAACUAGUGCGGCCAACACGUCUUGUGUAAUUCUGGCAACAUCUUGCGUGUAGUCGACGAUUGACAUUUUCACGUUGCGAUCACUACGCUGUGAAUUUCAAGUGAGUAUUGAAUACUUUUACAUUGAAAACGUGAAUUUAAGUAAUUAACUUUCUAUUUUUGAUGAAGUAGUACUAACCUUUGACUACACUUUCUGUGGUGUUAAACAAAAAUUACAAAGAUUUUGAAAAACCUACAAUUUUCCCGCCAAAAUAACCUUUUUUACGCAAACGCGUUGUAUUUGAUAACGACAUAGGGAACAGAAUAAGAUGACGUGGCCCAAGCCGCGCUAGUUACCAAGCCUUUCUAACACUAACACUUCUUUCACUGUGUUGUGAAUCGUAAACUCUUUAAUUCCUAUGAAAAUAGACAUGGAUAGGGUUUUUUGCGUCGCUACGGAAAGCUGUCAGGUCAGUUCAGCUAACCAUAGCCUAAAUAUGCAUUUGUGUGUUCAGUACCUCAAGGCAAAAGUUCAAGAUUUCAAGAUUCGUACAUUUUAUUUCAUCUAUCUCCACAACAAGUAAAUGAAGUUGUCAGUUCGAGGUAAGCUACGUAAAGUUACUACAAAACAACAUAAUAUUGCUAAUCCUGAUGGGCUACAUUAAUUUAAUUGCUUGACGUAGCGGGUUAAACAUUUACCUGAUGUCCAAUGGUCUUUCUUUAGGGACACAAGACCAAUGUCGAGCAGCGAAUACAAUGUUCAAAUACAGUUAAGGUUAGAGGGAAAAAUAUCUAGAACAUUAUGUUUCCAUGUAAAUAUUUGUAAUCAGUAAUACUCAACAUGUGAUGUUCAAAUCUGUUUUGACUAGCUAAUGCUACGAUGCAACAUACCAGCUGGCAAUUUGCAAGUGAUAACAGGAUGUGAAUAACAUUAAAAAUGCUCAUAUUAAAUACUGUAUAUAAUAGAUUAGGCCAAAAAAAAAAUAUAUGGGUUUCCGGUUUCUUCUCAUAAAAACUUAGGCAGGGUAGGUCGAUUUUAACUUCUUUUUUUUAACUUUUUUUUUAAUUUCCCAACAAGCGGACGCCAUUUUGUUUAGUCAGUGCUUCCACAUCCAAAGAUAAAUUUCCCUAAUAUUGCCUCAAAUUUCAAUUUUCCACAAACUUUUUCCUCUAAGUGGAAACACUUACAAGCAUGAUCCAAUAAAAAAGUUUAGGGUCGGGAUUUCGACGUCCAAAAGCUAGGUAGGGUCGGGAAACCGGAAACCCACAUAUUUUUUUUGCUUGCCUUAUGGUCAGAGGGUGUCUCAAAUUUACUAUCAUGAUAGCAUUAAGUAUUUCAGGGCUCAAGAUUAGCGGUAUCCCUAUAUCCACGGGAUACCAGAUUUCAAUUUUGGAUACUAGAUAUCAUAGGGGUACUAAAAAAUCAAAAUAAGGGAUACUAGAUUUUAAGACCUUUAGUAUCCACUUGGAUACCAGUAAAAAAUUCAAAUCUUGAGCCCUGUAUUUGGGGUGUUACAGCAUGGAAUACACUUUACUUCCAAGUUCUCCUUCGCUUGUUCGACUCCAAUGGCAAUUUUAUUCCUCAGGGUUCCCUACAAGAGCAGGCGUCCAGUUUACCGUCUAUAGCAUAGGCAAUCGCUGGUUGUUUCUCAAAAUUAUAUUAAAAAACUUGUUAAUAAUUCAUCAAGAAAACACAAAAGAAAUCAUCCAGCGUGAUGGGGUCUGUAUAUGUGAUACAGAUUCAUGUUGAUUUACAUAAACUUUAACUCUGAUUUUCUCGGCUUAGACAACGUUUAUUUUUAAAAUUACUUUGCCAAUGAACUCAUAAGAUGAGUCGUUUUUAAGCCAUUUACAACAUUCGCGUCUGUGUUGUAUCGGAUAUACAAACUCUCGCCUUCGGUUCGAGUUUGUAUAUCCGAUAAUAUCAGUGUUUUCAAUAAGAGGCAGUUACCAGCGGUUUACCGCCGCCUAUUUCGCCUCUGACAGCCGGUUAUUUUUUCGUUUACUGUAAUUUUCUAGCGACAUUAGAUUGUAUUAUUUUAUUGAAAAUAGUAUAAAGCAAGUAACUAGGGAUCCAAGGAUAGUGUAAAGUUUCAAAUUGAAAAAGACACGGCAAGAACUGUAUAAGGUCGCCGACAACCUAGAACAGUAAGAGCAGGCAUAGGCUAAAGCAGCCAUAGGCUAGAGUAGGCACGUUACUCAAAAAUGUGGAUUAGAACAAUGUUUUUAGGGGAUAAACAAUUCCUUAUCACUCCCUUCGUAACUCGUUUAUUAAAUGUUUAAUUGCAAGAGCUCUUAUUUGGGCAUGACGACUUUCUGUUUUGUAAAGUUGAUGGCUUACACUACAAAAUAAACUGUUACCAUGAUCCUCUUGGAAAGCAUACUCAUGCAUGUCUUUUCAAAAAUAGACUUGAAGCCGUACUAUUACCUACACUAAUCCUAUACAGAUGAGUAUUAUAUUAAAAGUUAAUAUUAUCACUAAAAUUAAGAGCAACAUAUUAUCACAAAAUUUUAAGGUGGGGAGAAGAAAGAAGUCCAAAAAUUUUUACUGAAAACCUAAAGGGUUGAAAUUUGGCUUUCACUUGAAAUGUUUGAACGCAGACGCCUAUUUUUGAAAUGCAGCCUGCUAUGAUGAUUAUUAUUGAAAACACUGCCGAUACAACACGGAUGCGAAUGUUGUAAAUAGUACAAGGAUGGCUUAGACUAUCAAAGUUUCUGUGAUCACAGUAGGAAUUUUGCAUAGAUAAAUUCUAAGUUUUGAAGGAUUUGUAAGAAAUGUUUGAGGAAACUGACUUAGUAUUUAACAAUGAGUCAAUUCCCUAUUAAUUUAAACACCACAUAUCUGUCUGUUUCUGCUGUCUAUUGGGGGGGGGGGGGGGUGUCAACUUUUGGUAAUAAAAUGUAUAGGGUAUCUGAAAGGGCAAAGGGGGUUAACUUCCAAUUUCCUUUGUGGGGAUACCCAUUUUGUGUAUUUUAUUUUCAGAUUUUGUUUACUUGAGACAAGUUGUGAACAAGAUGAUUUGUAUCCACAUUCUGCUGGCUUGAAAGUGAAUGGAAAACUUUGUCAGUUACCUGUAAGCUUCGGGAAACAAUACAAUUUGUUACAGUAACAUUAUAUUAAUGAGACAUUUAUUGAUUCUUGUCAGACAGUGUUCCUCGUAUGUUUUGCAGAAGCUACAUAUUUGCUAUGUAAGCUGUGAAAAGUUGAAAACCAUAACUUCAUGGCCAAUAAUGGAAUGUAACAUUUAUUUAAUUCUAGGGCUUCGUACCACGUGACAAUAAAGGCGAACACAAGAAAUGUGGUCGUCCAGUGGACAUAACAUCCUAUUGUCGACUGUCGUCCACUAUACCUAACCAUAUUCACGUCACAUGGGAACAAGAUCCAUUACAGGUACUUUAGGUGUCUUUCAAAACAUUGCAUUGAAAGGGUACUUGACACAGAGAGGAAUGGCUAUAACUGUUUCAAUUUUACAGAAAAACGUUUGUAUGAAGUGUAGACCCUGAGCGACCAAAAAUGUCAAAUUUUUGCUUUGAUCUAUCAUUGAAACUUUCCCAAGGGAGGAGUUCUUUGUGUCACAUUUCUGAAUGCGGGAAAUGAUAUUUCUGAAACAUUAAAGUUAUUUAUUCUCAUUCCUGCAGAGGUUUGUUGUGACGGUUCAUCUUGUCAGAAAAGUGACGUCCAGUUGUUUGAUACAGAGGUUAAAAAUACGAGGAAGACGAAAUCCUGAUCACUCCAGAGCGCUAAGUAAG